CGGCCCGGCCACGAAAUGGCGGAAAACGACAAGCCGGAGGCUGCGGCUGCCGCGCUGCAGCGGGGAGCGGAGGAGGCCGCCGUUGCCGGCCAGCAGCCACCGCAACAGCAGCAACCGCCACCGCAACAGCAGCCGCAACAACAGCCGCCGCAACGUGAGGAGGCCGCGGCGGCGACCGAGAGCGGCGGGGGCAGCGCAAAUGGCGUCAAAAUGGAUAAUGAUGAGACGGCAAAAGAAGAGAAGGCACCAGUGAAAGAGAAGCAUGCAAAACCGAAGGCAAUCCCUUCUCUUGGAAACAAGAAUAGAUUCCACCCCUAUUCAAAGGAGAAGAACGCAGGCAGUGCAGAGAAGAAGGCUAUUAAUCGUAAUAGAGUUUUCAUUAGCAACAUCCCAUAUGACAUGAAAUGGCAAGCUAUUAAAGAUCUUAUGAGAGAGAAAGUUGGUGAGGUUACAUACGUGGAGCUGUUUAAGGAUGCUGAAGGAAAAUCAAGGGGUUGUGGUGUGGUUGAAUUCAAAGAUGAAGAAUUUGUUAAGAAAGCGUUAGAAACUAUGAACAAAUAUGAUCUUAGUGGAAGACCACUGAAUAUUAAAGAGGAUCCUGAAGGUGAACAUGCUCGCAGGGCAUUGCAGCGUGGAGGAGGACAAUUUGCAGGAGGACACGGAGCUGAUAUUGCACCUGGAUUGAUGAAUUUACCACCUUCUAUUGUCAAUAAUCCAAACAUUCCUCCUGAGGUUAUCAGUAACUUGCAGGCAGGCAGGCUUGGGUCCACUAUUUUUGUUGCAAAUCUUGACUUUAAAGUUGGUUGGAAGAAACUAAAAGAGGUAUUCAGCAUUGCUGGAACUGUAAAGCGUGCAGACAUCAAAGAAGAUAAAGAUGGCAAGAGUCGAGGAAUGGGAACAGUUACAUUUGAACAAGCAAUUGAAGCUGUUCAAGCAAUAUCUAUGUUCAAUGGACAAUUCCUGUUUGACAGACCUAUGCAUGUAAAAAUGGAUGACAAAUCAGUCCCUCAUGAAGAUUUCCGCGUUGUGGACAGCAAAGCUCCUCAGUUACCUCGUGGUCUUGGUGGCAUUGGUAUGGGACUUGGACCAGGUGGGCAGCCCAUUAGUGCAACACAAUUGAGCAUGGGUGGUGGAAUGGGGAACAUGGGUCCAGGAGGUAUGGGAAUAGAUGGUCCUGGUUUUGGCGGAAUGAAUAGAAUGGGAGGCGGGCUUCCUGGAUUUCGUGGAAUGGAAGGAAUGCCUAACAUGGGAGGAUUUGGAGUCAGCCGAAUGGGAGAAAUGUUCCGUGGUGGAAUGGGAGGAAACAUGGACAGAGAUUUUGCUCGUAGUGAGAUGGCAUUGAACCGUGGUUUUGGAGAUUCUUUUGGAAGGAUGGGUGGUGCAAUGAUUGGUGUUUUUGCCGGAGGAAUGGGAGCACCUAGAAUGGGCCCAGUAGGAUCUGGAAUGAGUGGUGGGAUGGGUGGUAUGAACAGUAUGCCUGGAGGAAUGGGAAUGGAUCGGAUGAGUUCUGGCUUUGAUCGAAUGGGACCAGCUAUGGGUGGAGGCCUGGACAGGAACAUCGAUAUAGACCGAGGAUUUGUGCCCGGCCCCAUGGGAGGUGCCAUGAAAGAGAGAUUGGGCUCUAAAGGCAACCAGAUAUUUGUGAGAAAUCUCCCUUUUGACUUGACCUGGCAGAAGCUGAAGGAGAAAUUCAGUCAGUGUGGUCAUGUAAUGUUUGCAGAAAUAAAAAUGGAGAAUGGAAAAUCAAAAGGCUGUGGAACAGUCAGAUUUGACUCGCCAGAAUCUGCUGAAAAGGCCUGUAGGAUAAUGAACGGCAUAAAAAUCAGUGGCAGAGAAAUUGACGUUCGCUUGGAUCGCAAUGCAUAACUUGAAACUGUGUUCAGGAACAUUCCUAUGUCUGUUUAGCUUCUCUAUCCUAGUAAGUCAUUUUUAGUAACAUUGUAUGCUUACAAAAGCUGUAAAAAGGAACUUUUAAAUCCCACCAGCCUUUAACAGUAUAGUGUUUAAUAUACUGUGAUACUUGUUAACUGAAUCUUACUAUGUUUGGUUUUUAAAGACAAUUAGCCUGAUUUUUUGUUGUUUUUUUAAGAGGCACUGAGCACCUGUAGGUUCCAUUAGACUAUGGGAACUUUGGAUGCUUGGAGCCUUUGGAAAAUUAGGCCAAGUGUCUCUCUCUAGUCAUUCAGUUUAAAUGAAUGGUUAUACUGUUUUUAAUAAAAUAAGCCAUUUUCUCUGUUAAGAUUGCAUAGUGGGAUUUGUUUAGUGUUUUGUGAUUUUUAUUUUUUUUCCCAAGCUCUUGUAUCAACAUUGUAAUGUAAAAACUAGGUGGUUUUUUUUCCUUCCAGAAUUCUAGUUUUACGUGCUUGUUGUCAUACUGUAAUUCUUGACUCUAAAGGAAAGGGCUCCAAUUAGGCUGUGAUGUUUUUGUUCUACUUAAUAUUACUUUAAUGCCAUGACUUAGUUCUGUAAAUAAGAUUUAGAGUCCAAUGGAAGUCUUGGAUUUUUUUUUUUAUUUGACUAAAUGAAGAAACUGAUCUUUUUCUCUGGCUUUUAUUUUUCAUCAGUACAUCACUGAUUAAAACUAGUUACCACAGACCCUUGUAGGAUUGUUCCCUAUGAUGCCAAGUUCGUAUAAAAUUGAUAAUACAGUAAAUGCUAAGUAGAGUAUAAGACAAAUUGCUCCCAAUUUUUUAUCUAUUUUCCAGCCAUUCAGGUGAAUUGCCAGAAAAAUAAAAACAACUGAACAGAUGAGAGAAGUGGCUGUGUAGGUCAGACCACUGCUGUUCACUUCUAUGGGUUCGGAUGUAUUUAUGAAGGCAGUUUUUAUAAACCAGGGUAUUCCCAGACAUAGCAUAUCAAAUACGUUGGAUCCCACAAUGUUAGACAUAGCCAUGUCUCCGUUUCCUGUAAAACAAGAAGUACAAAUAAACCUGACUCGUGUUACACAAAAUUGGCAAACUGUUUUGGAGCAAUAGGCUGUCGGCCCUCGACUUUUUGUGAAGCGCCCUUUUCAAUCUUUUUCUUUGCACAAAGGUAAAUAUGAUUCCACAGACUGUGGUUUUGAUACCACAAGCGUAAAAAAUGUCUCCCUAAGUCACCAGUGCCUGCGAAGCUGCUCUUAAGCUAAGCUAAACAGGACAGUAAAAUCCAGUUGUGUUUAAAAUACCAAGACAGGUUGUGCUUUGCAGUAAAGCUGUGAUGUGAUCAACAACAAAUCACACCAGCCCAGAACACUUACCUGAGAUACUGGGAGGUUUUUAAAUGUCUGAACCGCAGCUUUUUAUGUUUUUUUUUUUUUUUUUUUUUUUUUAGCUAAGCUAUCAUAUUUAUUCAUGGUAAACUUAGAAACUGGAGGAAGUUUUGAAGCUGCUCCUUGAAUUUCUGGAGAUGUUGACUAGAACUCUGUUGUCAAAGUGCUUUUUAAAAGCACCAAUUGGAAUGAGCCUGACCACCACGAUCUUUACCUUUUCGAGCCACCAGCACACUUGCAACUGUAUCUGGUACACUUGUUCCUGCUGCCAGUAAUGUGAGACCCAUUACUGACUCUGGAAUUCCCAGUGUUUCACCUGUAGUUCAGAGACAAUGGGAGAAAAUAUGAGCGAGAUUUUUUUAGGUUGUUUCAUCUGAAGAAAUUUAUUCAGGUGUCCUUUGCUGGAAAAAGGAUUAUUAAUAAUAGUAAUUCUAAAAUCUGUGGAAACUGUUCACCAAUUUAACUUGACUAAACAUGCAGUGACUGAACUAUGAAGUAGUUAAAAAGAGUAACAGUAACAACAAUGAAAUGUUAUAUUGCUCUUGUUCCUCAAUCAAGGAACUAUAGGAUAGCAAAUAUCUUAUUUACAGCUUUUUCAAAGACCUGAGUGGAUGGAAGGUUUUCUGUGUUCAAAAUAUUGGUUAUGGAUUGUCCUUUGAGGUGCAGUUGAAAUUUAAAUUCCUAUUUAUUCCCUUUUCUCAAUUCCUGGAAAAUGUAAUAGUUUUCUUUGGUUUGAGACAUUUCAUCAUUGGCACUCCAAAGUGUUAUGGAGCAGUAAUUCUUAUAAACACAAACUCUCCAAAGGGGGGAGAGGAGAAAAAACACCAAAGCAUGACUUUGUUAGGAAAUGAGGACAUUAAGGGUAUGGUUACAAUAUUGUCUCAUCUAUGUGGCUCUAUCACUUCAUUGCAGUUAGAAGGAAUUAGAAGUUUUUCAGUCUAUGGGAAGAAGCAAAAUGACUUUUAAGUACAAGUAGUUCUGUAGAAGGGUGAGUUUCUUUACAUCAACACUGAUUUUAAAUAAAAAAAAAAUAUAUAUAUAUAUUUAUCAAAGCAGAAAUUUCCUGCCUGCCUGUAUUUUUAGCCCCGUGUGUGCUGAAAGAAUACAGGUUUCUUAGAAUACAGGGAUUCAGAUCUUCAAAAUUGUAGCAGCCUUUAGUUUUAUGUACCAUUCAUAAGCAUCAAUACCUUGAAGUACUUGAUAUUUCUGUUCAGACUGUUAAGUAAUUAAAGCUUGUCUUACAUUUUACUGAACCACAUAAAUUUAUUUUAUUAUUGUUUUUAAAACCUGUAUUGGUUUUAGUAUUCAGACUGAAGAGUAUUCAGACACUUCUAAGCAGUUUUCUUAAAAUAAGAGGCAGUGUGCUGUAACGUAGCUCAGCAAUGAUUGCCUAGUACAUAACAGCUUAGUCUAGAUCAACCCCAUAAAUUUGUUUGAAAUUUUUCCUGUUCAAAGGGACUAAUAUCAUCCUCUUGUAAAAUAUGUAGUGGUAUUUAUUUUUCCAUGGCUUCUAAUGUAAGAGAUUGGUAGGAUGGAGGGACCAAUAGGAUCAGCUUUUAUAAGUUAAGCAAACAAAGCUGAAAUAUGAAUGAACCAGUGUUAUGUACCUAGUAGUCGUUUCUAGCCCUCUGAAGUUUAUAAGAUAGAAUCUAAACUCAGGUGAAGCUGAUUUUUUUUUUUUUAACUAGUAGAUAGAUUCAUCUUCUAGUUGAACUGUAGGGUUUUUUUUUCUGGCAAUUGACCAUAAAGAGAGAAUGGUCUUAUUUUUCUAGCCUUCAGUUCAUUUUGUGUAUCGAUAGCAAUAUCUUGCUAUAGUAAUGAAAAUUUCCUUGCUAGUAAAAAAAAAAAAAAAAAAAGUGUACUAAAUUAGGUUUGCUCUUGACCAUCAAAACGUAGCCCCCUGCGAUGAACCUUUUGGCACGUUUGAUAGGCCAUUUUUAUGCAAAAAUAGAAUAUUUUUGGGUCAACUUUCAUCGGAGAACCUAGACUUGAAUAUAUAUAUAUACAAAUACAUGUAAUUUUUAGAGUUUUAAUGUGUAAAUAGAACAUAUUUGACCUUGAAGUAGUGGGACAAAGACCCCAGUGCUGCUUGUAAUGACUCUUCAGAGUGGACUAGCACUAAUGUGCUAUUUGGAACUCCACUGUACCUGCUUUCAUAUGAAUUAGUGUUUCGUCUAGUAGAUGGGCAAUAAUUUUCAUCUGGAUCCUGUCUCAGAGGCUUCUAGCAUUCAGAUGGUGAAUCUUUGAUUUUUAGAUACAAACAGAAAAUCGUUUGACCAAGGAGUGAACCUGAUGGGUGUUGUAUCCAGCAAUGUUAGUAACUUCUCACAUGUCUACCGUUGUGUAGGUCUGUGUCUGCACUUAACAAGAAGUUAUUCGCUGAAUUUUUAGUUUGAAAACAAGUUUAGGAUGCUGAACUAGCAGAAUACUCAAGUAGGGUUAGUGAGCUAUGAUGUAGAAAUGGCAAUGUUUGUGCUGUUUCUCAUUUAGAGAUCUGUUUUCUGCUCGUUCUUAAAAUUAAAACCUGGUUGUUUUUUUUUUUCUUGAGCUGACUGGAGAAACAGUGAAAUGGGGAAACCUUUUAAUACUUUAAGUUAUUUUAGAACUGAUUUUACAUUCAUUCACAUCUUACCUCGCUCAAAUUCAGUGCUUUUUCAGCUUUACUUUAUGAUGCAGAUUUUUAAGAGAGAAACACAUGUAAGGAAUAAACAUAUAUGACACUAAUAAACAUGUGACACUGUAGUGGGAAUAAAAUAAUAUGGAAUUUUGGGCACCAUUUUUGGCAGUUGAGGUGUAGAAAUAAUGGAUCUCUUCCAAAAAUCUGAAUCUUUAAUUUCAGUCUUGGUGGAUUCCAUGUUUGCCAGGCUUCAGCCUGAUGAGUUUGUUCCUGCAUACCUCAUUGUUUCACUUCAUCGAGCAAUUUAAUGAAACUAUCUUUUUAAAUAUAGGCUGUUUUUUGUAGCUUUGUAAACAAAUUCUCUUUCACACAAUGGUAAGCAGUCAAAAAUAGGUAAAUUCUACAGAGGUUUUCUUCAGAUGGAAGGAGGCAAACGAAGCAGUCACACACAAGGGAUUAUUUGUUUUAAGCAAAAUACGUGUUGCUAUACUGACUGCUAAAUGUGAAAAAGGAAAAUCUUCACACAAAGAAAACUUUUCCAGCCGUGGUCAAUCGGUUGCUUCGGUGCAGCACCUGAGGUACCUACCUGCUACUGUUAUCAUCCACACAAGGACGUAAGUGAUUGCAGAAAUCCAUGCUGCUGACAUGAAAAAUGUUACCAUGAACCAAUUCCUCCAAAACCGCCUUCUGCAAUCUGGUGUAGUCAAAUAGAGCAGCGUAAUAAUAGGGAGGGAUAACACCCACAGAAUUCUCUUCAUAUCUUCUUCAGGCAUGGUGAAGACGCUUGGAUGAUCUGUUGAUGAAUGAACUGUUUUAAACUGUAGCAUUAAGUUUGAAUCUUAGCACUAAGUCAGACGAUUUGCUUCUACUUGUGAGAAUACUGGAAAAAGGUACAAGAAAAUGACUGUGACGUUGUAACUGUUGUCUUACUAGUGCCUACAUCACACUGGACUGAACUCUGAAAUCAGAUGUUCUUUAUUACUGUGUCACUAGGAGACAGCCAAGGUGGAUGAAAAAUGAACUUGUCUAUGAGGUUUAUGCAAAAUGUUUACAAGAUUUAGCACCAACUGAUGAUUUGUCUAAGUGAAGAGGAAGCUGGUCCGUGGCUCCAUAUUCCUUCUGCUUUAAUGCAUAUUUUGGGUUACAAACUGGCCACUGUCAUGACGAAACAGGAUGUAUUAGUACAGUAGCAGUGUGUCUUUCAGCUGAUACUGCAUUUGACAGAGUUGCUGGGAAGUUUCAAACAUGCACAGCAAUAACUGAUGGAAGUUCUGUUACUGGCACAAAUAAGCAACUGUCCUAGCAUUCCUGUAGCAACUAGCUUCAUACAAAAAUCACAACUACAAUUUUACUUAACGUUAUAUUCCAGCACGGAAUAACGAAGUACUUAAAUACUAUGAUAUUUUUUGAGCAAAAUCUUAAUAAUAUCUGAAAACCCGCUCUUUGUUAGAACUUAGAGACAACUGUAAGAAUACUUAUACCUUCAGAGAUCUCAUCGAGCCCAUGUAAGCUUGUUGAAAGCUGAGAAUAGUCCAGCUCAUCUUGAAAAAUUCCACUAUCAGUUCUUGACUGUGGACGAAUUAGAGGCCCUCUCUCUUCCCUCCAUCCAGCUAAUGGCUGCUGCUCACCGCUCUGUUCCGUGGCUUUUGUAAAACACGAGCAGCAGGGACUGAGCUUUUUCAUGAGGCACCGGUUGAUUUUAAUGUCAAAACAUAGUACCAGAAUAUAACACCCAUAUAUUAAUAAUAAGGAAGCACUUUCAUACCUAGAAUUAAAAAUAAAAAAAAAAAAUUACAUAACGUGUAAUAUAGAUUAAUAUAUAAUAAAUAACUAAAGUGACUGACAUGAGAAGACAAAAAUUGCAUGAGUAGUGAAAGGAAAAAACAAAAGCAUCUUUUUGCACUUGUAUGGGCAAUGUCAUGGAAGUUUGUAAGUUUCUUCAUGUCUUUCAGCAGUUUAAUUAAUUCUCCUCCCCUGCAGAAUCUUGUCUGUGUAUUGUAUAGCUGCAUGUUUUCCAGGGGAACUUACUGAACAACUGAUGUUUGCAAAACUGAGUCUUAUGAGAUGGUUAAGGAGGCGGACAGAGUGUGUUAUUUUGAGUCAGAAAUUUCAGAGAGGUGGCGCCGGGCCUGACUGUUUUGAGACAAGAGGAGCUUCAGUAGUGAUGGAAGAGACUUGACAUCAGAAAGUCAUGAUCUACUUCUGACAGAGGAACGUUUUAGUGGUAAUGCUGUUAAGGAAAGUCUGUAAAAGAAGUAAGCUACGAAGACCAACUGCUAUGCCAAAACAGGUCAGAUAGAAGUUGUGAAGUUUGUACAAAGAAGCCUAUGCAGACCAGACUAUAAAUACGCAGGGUUUGAAUGGUUGGGUAACAAUCUUUACAAGUGUUGUGACUUUCUACAUUUUUAAAGCCAACAGGAUGUAUAUUUCUGUUAGUGAAUGGCAGCUGAAGUUUGUCUGUUUGUUUUUUAGCACUGUUUCACUAAUCUCCAGUCAACGGUAAUUAAACACUACUUGUGCUCUUACCAGUAAAUUCUGCUGUCAGAUAUCAUCGCAAGGACCGCCGCUGCACUAAUGGUAUAUGCCAGGCAGUCUCUAAACAGCGGCCAACAGGAUAGCCUGGAAACCUGCAGAUCACAGAUUCAUUUUCAUUUUUUAAAAAUGUGUCUGUAAUACUUUCACUAAGUGCUGUAAAUGCUGCAUCGGUAUGUUGUUUCUAUAUUAUGUACAAAUUUAAGAUUCUUAGGAAUGACUCAAGUAUGAUAUUUAACAACUUAGUGUUUUUAAAAACUUUCAUAGCAACUUAUCUGAAAUCUGAUUACAUGCUGGUUUUGCUACGAAAUAAUAAACUUGACGGUUGUCAUA